AUGGCAUUGAGUAGACAGAUGUCAACUUACAAGAAGAAAAUGAGGAUGCAUAUUUCGAAAUCUAUGAGCAUAGCUAAGGUCUGGGACAUUGCUGGCCCCAUUGUUUCUGAACAAAUUGCUGGAUCGACGUACUUGCCGAUUCCCUAUUUGGUCGAUACAAAGGCCUAUCGAAUUGGUCACAUAUUCGUUCAAGAACCCACUGAUGUACAGUGUUUCUGUGCUGUACCAAUGCUUAAAGUACUAGGUCCCAUUCAAGACUUCCUCAAGCAGGGGAAAAGCGACGACAAGUGGCUGAGCAAGGAUCUAAAUGCGAUCAAAUCAACGGACGAUCACAUGAAUUUUCUAGUUGAGAUUGAGAAUGGCAAGAACGUCCUGAGAUUCAGAGCUUUCGACUACUACUUCCUGGAUAUGGGGUCAGACAUGUCGGCCAAGGGACAAGUGACCAUAGAUCGUUCAUCCCACGAAGACUUGUCCCGAGUGGAAUGGUUUGGUCUGAUCACCGGUGUAAUCGCUGCGAACUCCUGGGAGAUGUUUUCGGCAAGAGGUCAGCGUGAGAGAUCGUUCUACAUCGGUGAAAAAUCGAACACUAUCCUGUUUAAGUACGAGAUUUGCAAAACGGACGAUAACGGGAACGUCUACGACACGACCACCGAGAAAAUAGAAUGCAGAUGGUUACCGUUGCAGGAAGAUCAUUUGGAUGGGUUGCCUCUCAGCGAAUUCGUGUCUCAGAGUAACAAAGGCUAA